GAUCUUGAGGUCUGAGUCAGUCGAGCCUGGCACUUGGACGGGAUCACAACGAAAAAUAUUGAAAUUCGUGCGCGUUUUCGAAUACAAUUGCUAUCAGCAUCGGUGCUAUAUUGAAAAUACAUCUAUAUAUAAAGCGAAUACAGCUAAAUCUGAGGAUAAUGGCCAAGUGGGCCAUCCUGGGCCUAAGCCUGGCGAUCCUUUUAGUGGAUCGACCCGGGGUUAUAGCUUAUCGAUCAGGAGUCAGCGGUUACCGGAGCGGCACUCAGCAGUCGGAACAAGCGGGGUUAUCAGCAGCAUACUCGGGGCACUCGGCUUAUGGAGGAGAACAGCAGCAGCCUAUUUACCAGCGGGAAUCGGCUUGUCCGCCAAAUUUCCAGGGUCUAGUGGCCUAUCCCCAUGACUGCCAUCGCUUUGUGAACUGCAACGGAGGCAGCGCCACAAUCCAGACCUGUUCACCGGGAACGCUCUUCAAUCCCAAGACACUGCAGUGUGAUCAUCCCACCAAUGUUGAAUGCUCGUCUGCAGGAGGAGGAGCUGUUGCUCCAGCGGAAAGCACUCGAUUAGGACGAUUGAGGCAAUUGGACAGCGAUCCCAAGUGUCCGAAUGGAGUGAACGGAUUGCAUCCGCAUCCAACUGAUUGCACCAAGUUCCUUAAUUGCGCCAAUGGACAUGCCUUUGUUCAGGACUGCGGACCAGGAACGGCUUUCAAUCCAUCAAUGCUCGUCUGUGUACACAAAGGCACCGUCGAUUGCGGCGUCAGUGGAGGAGCUGGAGGAGGAGCAUCAGGAUCAUCGGGCCACGCCUAUUCGGCGGUGUCCUCGGAACAGCUGGGCUGUCCGCCCGGCACACGGGGCCUCCAUCCGCAUCCCCACGAUCCGCACCAGUAUCUGCGAUGCGGCAUCGGUGUCCAGCCUCAGGUGGAACAGUGUCCACAGGGUCAGAUCUUUGAUGGCUUCAGAUUGGUAUGUGUUUACUCAGGCUCCGCUCAGACCUCCUCUUCCGCUUUAACCUCUGCGGCGCUUCAGGUGAAUUAUCUCCUGUGUCCCGUGGGAGCUGUGGGUCUGUUCGUCCAUCCCUUCGACCAGACCAAGUUUAUAAACUGUAAGGUUAACAUGGUACAAAGCUGUCAGCCCGGUUAUGUGUUUAGCAUAUCGAGGGGAUACUGUCACCCCAAAUCGCAGCUGGUGGUCACCGAUUAUGUCACCUUAAUUGUCUCACUGAUCAGCCUUGACUAUUCCUCUAUUUUAACUGCCUGUCCGGGCAACAUCGAGGGGUAUCAUCUGUAUCCCUAUGAUGCCGGCAGGUACGUUCAGUGCUCGGCUGGCGGCCGGAUGUCCAUCUUGAGCUGUGAUCCCCAGAAGGCCUUCAGUUUGUCCCAAAGAGCUUGUCUCCCACGUCAUCAACUAAACCAUGCAGAUCGGGUCAAGUACUGGGAGGAGAUUCAGGUUCAGACUACGACCACUUACUAUCAGGACAGUCAGGGCCGGUCGCAGAGCCAGCUUUCCUCCCUCAAGUGGUGUCCAUCUAAUGUCCGAAAAAACUAUGCCUAUCCCUUCCAUGCUGGCCACUAUAUAAAAUGCCAGGAUGGUGCCCUGGAGAUUGUUUGUUGUCCCACGGGAACACUGUUCAGUCUCUCUCAGCGCGAGUGUGUGGCUCGACACCUUCUCGCCACCCAUGACUACCUGGAUUACGCCUAUAUCAGUGUCCAGUUUUCGACUGAAAAUAUAGUGGAUUUAUCGAUGGUGACUUGUCCUCCCCAAACCGAGGGUUAUUAUCUGCAUCCCUUCGAUUGCACCAAGUACAUCAAGUGCUUCAAUCAACAGACCUACAUCGAGAGCUGUCAGCAGGAUGAAGUUUUCAGCAUUCCACAGCAAAGGUGCUUGCCCAAAGAUGAGGUCAAGAAGCCCAACGAACGUGUGGAAUAUCUGAUUGAGACAACGGUGACCACAACUCAUCAGAUGACAGCACCCAUAGAAAAGGAAAGGAGCUUGGACUAUGGCGGGGAUAUUAACUGCCCGCCAGGUGUUUCUGGCCUUCAUGCCCAUCCAUUCGAUUGCACCAAGUUCCUGGAAUGUGCCAAUGGAUUAACUUAUGUCAAGGAUUGUGGACCGGGAACUGCAUUUAGCACUGUGAGUUCCACUUGUGACUUUGCCAAUAAGGUGGACUGCAGUGGCAGAAGCUCUUCGGCGGGAUUAAACCAACUCAACCAGGGUCAUCCAAGUCCAGGUUAUCCAACGGGUCAUGCCCAGACUUACUCACCACCACAGACUGCCAACAAUCCCCCUCCAACUGCCGAACAUCUGUCAGACCUGUUGUGUCCACAUGGGGCAGACGGUCAGUUCGUGCAUCCCUUUGACCAAACCAAGUUCCUUCUGUGCAAGGCUGCCAAACUGGCAGUGCAGAGCUGUGAGCCUGGUCAUGUGUUCAGCAUAUCUCGGGGAAAUUGUCAGCCCAAGACGGAGCUAAGCUACACCGACUAUGUCUCCUAUGUGGUGUCUGAGAUUAGCUAUGAGCUAUCCAUGAUCCUCUCCGCUUGUCCUGGUGGCACCGAUGGUCUUCAUCUGUAUCCCUACGAUGCCGGAAAAUAUGUGCGUUGUUCCGACGGUGGCAAGAUGUCUAUUCUCAGCUGUGGACCCCAAAUGGCUUUUAGUUUGUCCCAGCGCGCUUGCCGUCCAAAUCGUCAAGUAACAAGUAGAGACCGUGUGAAAUUCUGGGAGGAAGUGCAGACAACGACGACAACAACUUACACCUAUCAGGACACUCAGGUUCACCAGUCGCCCCUCAGAGGAUGUCCGCUGAGCCUCCAAGGCAACUUCCCCUAUCCUUUUCAUGCCGGUCACUUUGUCAAGUGCCAGAAUGGUCUUCUCCAGGUUGUUUGUUGUCCCUCGGGCUCUCUGUACAGUCUGUCCAAGCGUGAGUGCGUGGCAAGACACCUUUUGCCUCUUCACGACUAUCUGAAUCAUGCCUACAUCAGUGUCCAAUUCUCGACUGACUUCAUGCAGGACCUCACAACGCUGACGUGUUCUCCCCAAGCUCAGGGCUACUAUCUGCAUCCCUUCGACUGCACCAAGUACCUAAUAUGUAGGGACCAACAGACCUCCAUUGGAAACUGUGACCAGGGUGAAGUGUUCAGCAUCUCCCAGCGAAUGUGCGUGAUCAGGGGUAAGGUGACCGAUUCCUUCGAUCGGGUGGAGUACUUAGCCGAGACACAGCACGAAUUGAGCCAGGAGGCGGAAGAGGAAGGCGAGCAGGGCAGAAAUGGAGGAUAUUCCUCAAAUGGAGGAUACCAGACACCACCUUACUCUCACGGCUUAAUACCACAACCUGGUCAACCCCCUGCUAAGCUAACUGGAGAUUAUCAGCCGCCAGGAUACCAACCUUCAACUGGAGGAUACCAACAACCCCAAUAUUCCGCAGGUUACGAACAGCAUACUCAAACUUCUGGUGGUUAUCAGCAGCCUCAUCAAUUCACUGGAGGCUACCAAAAACCUUCUCAAGCUUCUGGAGGCUACCAACAGUCUUCUCAGUUCACUGGCGGCUAUCAGCAAACUCAUCAAUCUCCUGGAGGUUACCAACAGCCUUCUCAAUCUACUGGCGGAUAUCCACCAUAUUCUCAAAACAAUGGUGAUUAUCAAUGGUCUUCUCAAGCACAAGGUGGAGCUCAUGGCGGUUCUGUAAUCAAUGGAGGAUACCAAUCGAGUAAUCAAUUAACUGGAGGAUAUCAAUCAGCUGGCGGAGCUUCUUAUUAUCCCGGAGGAGUACAGCCUUCAGCUCCUCCGGCUCUUUUAAUGUGUCCGCCGAGAGUAAGCGGUCUGUUCCCAAAUCCCUUCGAUGCCAUGGGUUAUCUGACCUGCCUUGAGGGUCACACGCUGGUCAGGCAGUGUCUGGCCCUCGAUGUGUUCAGCAUUUCGCGCGGCUACUGUCUGCCCGAGCAGCUGGUGGCCGCCACAGACCGCAUACCGUUCGUAAAGAAGCAAGCCGAGCAGGAGGAUCUUCUAGGCUGUCCCCGCGGGGCCAUUGGUUUCUAUGUGUAUCCCUUUGACUGCUCUCAGUACCUGAGCUGCGGUCCCAAUGGCAUGACUUUGAUGAGUUGUCCGGCGGAGCAGCACUUCAGUGUGUCCCAUGGCAUUUGCAAGCCACAGGCUCAGGUGCAGCGGGAGGAUCGUUUGUACACGCUCAGUGAGCUGCACAUUAUCUACGAUUGGACUCAAAAGAUGAUGGCCGAAGGCGCUGUGCCUGCCUGUCCCGAGGGCAUCACGGGCUCCCUGCCACAUCCCCGGGUGUCCAGCAAAUAUCUUCGCUGCGAGCCUGGACACGCUGAGAUCUUCGAUUGUCCUAGCCAACAGAUUUUCAGCGUCUCGCGCAGAUUGUGUGUGCUGGAUGAGAAGCUGCCGAGCCACGAUCGCUCCGAUUAUCUGGUUCGGGGAGAGGGCACCUCCGGUGGCUGGAUAGCUCCCUCCAAUGACAAUCGCCAAUCGAAGUCCUACGAGACCUCUGGCAGGGAUCAGUGGGGCAAUCGGUACACAACCAAAACGACGACUACAACUCGUGUGAUCAGCGAUGGAGACCGCUGGAGGGACAUGAAUAUGCAGCGACCAGCUGGCAUUGGAUUGGAGCAGAAUCCCCAUCAUCAGCAAGGAUCCUGGUCUGGACAGGAAAGCUCCUACGUACAGCGUGGACCCUCCCAAAACGUUUUAUAUGUAGAGGGAUCACUGCAGCCGAACCGUAAUUAUCAUAGUACCUAUAAGACACCACUGGCUCCCAUGGCACCAAUAGCACCCAGCAAUCCCGGCAAGGUCUACUACGCCCAACCCGUUCAGGAGGAGGAUGACAAGCCAGUUCCAUCUCGUGAAGGGUAUAGCCGCAGAAUUGAACACGGCUCGCCUGGAAACGGCUGGCAUCCCAUGCCUCCACUGGCUCCUCUGGGAGGACAGCGACCCAUAAAUCCCGCCUCUCCUGGUGCUAGUCGAGAACCCGCAAACUAUAAUCCUCCUCUGCCCGGACAGAGGCCCCUUGACUUGGACUAUGAUGACCAACAGAAACCCCAAGAUCCCUAUCAGGGACCGCCACCCUUACCGGGAUCACCGCCUCGCUUUUAUCCUGAUCAGUUGCCAAGUGGCUCUGCUCCAAGUGGUAGCCGUCAGGCACCAGUUCCUUCUAACUAUGAUCCUAGGAGACCGGAGAAUCCCCAGGAAUCCCUUGCUCAGCCAAGCUCUGGGUUGCCCUUGGCAAAUGAAUCUAAUUUAUAUGGUGGCCUCUUGCCUCCUAGAGCAGAUCCUCCUUCUGGUUUAAAACCUACUCCUCUUCCAACACCCACAACAACAUCUACCACUCCCUUGCCGCAGUUGGGAAGCAGACUUCACACCUUCCCUAUUUAUCCAGCACUGGGUAAUGGAACUGCUCCUCCGCGGAAUCCUAGUCACCCGCAUUAUAGUCCCUCCUAUGCUGGGAUUUCGCACUCGCGAAAUGCUUCCUGGGCAAAAGUCCCACCUGUGGUAAGUACGACGCCGUCUCAUGAGCUCGAUCCCUUUAAUCCCGAAGAGGAGGAGCCUUUCUAUGACGACGAUGAUUUUACAACCACAACACAGCGAAGUGCUUUAGUGCCAGCUCCCUUUGACCACAAGUUUUAUAAUCCCAAUUCUGGGCAGUCUCCGGCGGGCAGUGAUCCCAACUCCGAAUUGGCCAUGAAGGAGGCUCUCAAGCUCAUGCUGCGUCCCUAUUUUAAUCACAGUGGCAAUGCUCAAGAGCAACUAGCCAAACAGGCUGAAUCCGCCAUUGUUUCCGUGAUUAGCAAGCCACCAACCACAACUCCCAGCACAACCACUACCACUACCCGGAGAACCACUCCUACCACCACCCGGAGCACCCCUCCAAUUCCUUUCUCUAAAACCGACUUAGACUACGACGCCGAACUGAUCAAAGCCGGGGAACAGGAGAGCCUGGACUCCGUUGACGACGACUAUGUUUUUCCAGAUGCCAGGGAGACGGCCCGAACCGAGCAGACCCUAAAUCCCAGUACCACGUACUCCUCGACAGACUUCCAGCGGAGCACCCGCCGAGCCAGGAUUGACACAACCCCGACAACCACAACGACGACGGCAAGAACCAAUUGGCAUGCGCCCGGUCACAGUCGUGAUUACCACCAGCGCCAUCCAAAUCUACCCGAUCCGUUCUCCAAGCACUAUCCCAACCACAAUUCCUAUCCCUUGAACCACCACCAUCACCACGAGCACCACCAUCCCCAUCAUGAGCACAGUGCCGACUUCCAUCGUCGCCAUCCAGAGCUGCCCAAUCCGUUCCCGAAACCCAAUGAGCCUGACCAGCACCACCAGCCGGAGGAGGAGCAAGAGGAGGAUUGGGAGCCCAAUCCCAAUGCCGAGGAAGUGACUCCCAAGCUUAGUGUACGCUCAAGUUUCGUUGAUGACUGUGAGUUUGAUUGUGGAAAUGGCAAGUGCCUGAAGAAGGAGCAGGUCUGCAAUGGCCAAAAGAACUGCGACAAUGGAAAGGAUGAGCUCAAUUGCCCGCCCAGGGACUACGAGGUGCGCUUGACGGGCGGAGAAAAACCUCACAUGGGUCGCAUCGAAGUCAAGGCUAAUGGCCAGUGGGGCUAUGUUUGCGAUGACAAGUUCGGCCUUAAGGAUGCCGAUGUUGUAUGCCGGGAACUGGGUUUCCCGAUGGGCGCCCAGGAGGUGCGCGGUAACUCUUUCUAUGCUCCGCCAAAUCAGGACUUUAACUAUGUGAUGGAUGAGGUCGAGUGUCGCGGCAACGAAACGAAGUUGAGCGAGUGCCCCUUCAAGGGGUGGGGCGUUCACAACUGUGGCGUCGACGAGGUGGCGGGCGUCAUCUGCAAGGUGCCGGUGAUGAAGUGUCCCAACAACUACUGGCUGUGCCACACCUCCAAGGAGUGCAUACCGCCGGCCUUUGUUUGCGACAACACCGAGGAUUGUGCGGAUAAGUCAGACGAAUGUGCUGCCGUCUGUCAGGCACCUAUUCAGUACCGUUUGGAGGGUGGACGCAGCCCCACCGAGGGCCGUCUGGAGGUCAAGUAUCAUGGCGUCUGGGGCAGUGUUUGCGAUGAUGACUUCAAUCAGAAGUCUGCCCAAGUGGCCUGUAACUCCAUGGGUUUCUAUGGACCAGCGACCAUUGAGAAGAACAUCUUUGGCAAUGGCAACGGACCCAUUUGGCUGGAUCAGGUGAUGUGCUUUGGCAACGAGACGGGCAUUGACAAAUGUAGCCACUGGAACUGGGGCGAGAACAACUGCAAUCACACUGAGGAUGUGGCCUUGCACUGCACCGCUGGACCACCACCGCGUAGCCAGAAGUUGUCACAGAAUCCCAUCAAAGGCGGCCGACAGGAGAAUGUUGAGAAAUCGUACAACCAAAUCGGGUUAUGGGAGCGUUCCAGUAAGGCUCUGCGCACUCCCCGUCGCUGUGGUAUCUUCAAGGACGAUCUGACCGAUGAGUAUGCCCAUCACGAGGAGCGCGUAGUCCGUGGAAAUGUGGCACAGCGUGGUCGUCAUCCAUGGCAGGCCACCAUCAGAACUCGGGGACGCGGUCACAUCUCUAGCCAUUGGUGUGGAGCUGUGGUAAUCUCCAAGCGGCAUCUCCUCACCGCUGCCCAUUGUGUGUAUGGAACGCAAAAGGGAGCGUACUUUGUACGCGUUGGAGACCAUUAUGCCAACAUAGCGGAGUCCUCCGAAGUGGACACAUUCAUUGAGACCUGGUACAUACACGAGGAGUUCCGCAAGGGAACGCACAUGAACAAUGAUAUUGCCUUGGUUGUACUGAAGACUCCAUUGAAGUUCAGUGACUAUGUCCAACCGAUUUGCCUGCCGGAGAAGAAUUCGAAGUUGGUGGAAAACAGAAACUGUACUAUUUCCGGAUGGGGUUCCAUUAAAGCAGGAGUAUCUACUCCUGCCCAAGUGUUGGGCUCAGCUGAGCUGCCCAUUCUGCCGGAUCAUGUCUGCAAGCAAUCAAAUGUGUACGGCUCUGCCAUGUCAGAAGGCAUGUUUUGCGCCGGCUCCAUGGACGAGAGUGUGGACGCCUGCGAAGGUGAUUCAGGCGGUCCGCUGGUCUGCUCCGAUGAUGAUGGCGAGACCUUGUAUGGCCUGAUAUCGUGGGGUCAGCACUGUGGCUACAAGAACCGGCCAGGCGUCUAUGUUCGAGUCAAUCAUUAUAUCGAUUGGAUUUAUGAGAAAAUCAAUGAAAGCUUGCAGCGUUUCUAAAAGGAGUUUCCAUUAAUAAUUUCCUUCAUUUUACAUGACCAAUAUUUUAUAAGAAUUUUGUAGAGGAAUUGCAAAA